AUGGCAAUUAUGAAGACUGGGAAAAAGACCGCCAAACCAAAGAAGCUCUGUCUGGUUUGUGCGAGAGUGCUUAAUAAAACCCAAUUAAGAAUCCAAUGUGUAGAAUGCAAAGAAUGGGUGCACGAAACAUGCACAGAACUAGCUAAGAAAGCUACAACCACCAAAGGAAAAGGCGCAAACUGGUCCUGUCCAAGAUGCAAAGAGGCACCUCUAAAUGAGGAACCACAAGGAGAUGAGUCUGAAUCUGGAUCAGAACCUGAAUCAGGGGCUGAAGAAGAGUCAUCAAACCAGUCAAGGAAAAUGAAUGAUUUAGAGCAAGAAAAUAAAAGGCUCAAGAAAGAUAUAAAAGAACUAAAAGUAAUGCAGUCGCAACUACAAAAGCAGAGUGAACACAAUAACCAUGAAAUAAAUAAAACAAAACAAGCAAAACUAGAAAAAAAUUUAAUAAUAGUGGGUAUGAAAAAAAGUGAUGAUAAUGACUAUAAGAAGCUGGUGAAAAGGCUUGGUGAUGUCUGCAAUGUAAAAAUUGGAGAUGGGGAAAUUGAGUAUGUGCAAAAGUUAGAAAAAAAUGAUGAAAAACCAAUAGUUAAAGUAGCCCUUACCUCAAUAGAGGCCAAAGAGAAGCUGCUUACAGCAUACAAAUCUAAAAAAGGUCUAAAGCAAGAAGAAAUUGGGCAGCAGGGAAGUGAUUACAUAUACAUUAAUCAUGAUAUGACUCUUGAAAACCAAUCUCUAUUUAAAAAAGCAAGAAGUCUUAAAAAAGAAAUAGACAUUAAAUAUGUAUGGUUUAGCCAAGAAGAGAUACAUGAUGAACAUAAACAAAAAAGACGAAAUAGCAUGGGUCCAAAAACACUAUUAGAAAGAAGAUGGUCUCAAGUGAGUCAAGUAGCUAAUUUUAGAAAAAAAAAAAGAAACUCACUGCAACCGAACAUUUUAAAUGAAGAAAACGAAAUUACAUUAGCAAAAUUACCUGAAGAACCUAUUUAUAUGAGAGUUUCUAAAGUUGAAUAUGAGGAAAUUAAAAAUAGAGUUUCGAAAAUUGAAAGAAGGAUUUCAUUUGAAUUAGAUCAUGUUGGUUUUCAACAUAGAAAUAUUAAUAGCAUAGAUAAUAAAAAGAUAGAAGCUGUUAAAAAUAUAGAAAAAGUUAUCACAGCCUAUGAACAUACAUUAGAACAAAAUGAACCAAUGAGCCCCACCACAGACCAUUUAGCUAGACGGUUAAGUAAAGAAUUAAAAAUUAGGAGAAGUUCUCAGGAAAAAAUUAUACGAUCUCCUAGUGCGAGAAAAAUUGGAUCCUUAAGACGUAGAUCAAAAGAAAUUGAAAAGCGACAGUUAAAAAGACAUCAGUCAUGGCAUGUUACUUGUCAAAACAACUCAAAACCACACUUUAAUGAGUUUGACGACACGCCCAAACAAAAAAAUACAGUACACAGACCUGUUACAAGGUCAACUUCAUUUCAAUAUAAUGUUCAAACCCCAACCAAUUCACAAAAUGCAAGUUUAAAAUCCAAAAAUAGUACUCAUUGGAUAAAUGCAAACUGUUUUUUUUCGGAUACUCCUAAUCAUACUAAAAUUAAUCACAAUAAAAAUACUCCUGAUAAUAGAAGAGCAUCAAUAGCAAAGUUAAGGACUCAAAAUGCAGGAAUGGUUUUAGCCAAGGCCAAGUUAUUUGAUAAUAUUCAGGAUUCAAAUUUAAGCGCUUCUACAAAAUUUAAGAAUCAUGAAAAUGUAUCCACCCAAUCAAAUAAAAUUGGAUCUAGGCUUUCAAGUGAAUCCAAACGAGUAAAGGUGUUAAAAUUAGAAGAAAGCAGAGUAAAGAAAACAUCCCCCAGAAGAAGAACUGCCAACAUAGCUAGAAGAGAAGACAACAUUGUUAUAACUCCUAUUAAUCAUACAAGAUAUUUAAAUUCGCCAAAGUGUGCAAGAGGUGUACCAAAUAUAAAGAAAAAUUUAAAUAUACGUUCCCCAAAACGAUUGUGUAGAACUCCUGUAAACUUAGAUAAGAAAACCCCUUUAAAGGUUUUAGUUUCAAGGAUCAAUAACUAA